AUGGCCGAUUUCGAUUUUUUCGGUGUCAAAAAGUCCAGCCCUAGUUCUCAGUCUCCACCCCAUGCUAUCACUAUCACUAUCCCAAACCCACCACCACCGCCUUCUCCCUCAAACCCCCCAAUUCUCAACCCUCCUCUAACCAACUCCGUCGCCCCAAAACCAUCUCCACUCCUCCUCCUCCUCCUCCUCCUCGCCCCGCCAAACCCGUCCCCAAAAUCCCCUCUUAACCCCUUCAAAAACCUCACUAAUUCCACCCAUGUCCCCACUCCACCUCCCACCACCGCCACCGCUUCUCUCACCAACAAGCUCUGGCUCACCAGCAAGCUCUCUCCUCCUCCGCCGGACAUCGAAGACUCCUCCUCCGACGAAGAAGAAGGACAAGCAGUUAGCUACAAUGACUGGAAGAAGAAACCGGCGCCGUCCAGAGCCGAGUUCCGGCAAGAGGGGAAGAUAUUCGUAGGGAAUUUACCGAACUGGGUGAAGAAAACCGAGGUGGCGGAGUUUUUCCGGCAAUUCGGACCGAUAGCGAGUGUGAUUCUGAUCAAGGGACGUGACAGCACCGAGAGGAACGCCGGUUUCGGGUUUGUUAUAUACGGCGGCGGUCCCAACGCGACCAAGUCCGCCAUGAAGGCGGUGGAGUUUGACGGCAGGACAAAUUCUCACUAUUACAACCUGAGAUUCUACAAGUUGAAAGAUGAGCGCAUUAGGAAGUCUUUGUUGAAACUGUCCUAUAUCAAUCAAACAUGUAAUAUGGAUCGAGCUGAGGCAUUGGUACGGGAAAUGGAAGAAGCAGGUAUAGAUGCUCCUAUUGACAUAUAUCACACCAUGAUGGAUGGCUACACAAUGGUUGGCAAUGAAGAGAAAUGCUUGAUUGUGUUUGAGCGACUGAAGGAAUGCGGCUUCACACCUUCUAUCAUCAGUUAUGGAUGUCUGAUCAAUCUUUACGUCAAGGGUGGAAAAGUUUCUAAAGCGUUGGAAGUCAGCAAGAUGAUGGAAACAGCCAGCAUAAAACAUAACAUGAAGACGUAUUCCAUGUUGAUUAACGGAUUCUUAAAGUUAAAAGACUGGGCUAAUGCAUUUGCAGUUAUAGAAGAUUUGAUGAAGGAUGGUUUGAAGCCUGAUGUUGUCCUGUAUAAUAACAUUAUAACAGCAUUUUGUGGAAUGGGUAACAUGAAUUGGGCUGUUCGCACUGUCAAAGAAAUGCAGAAGGAGAGGCAUAGACCUACAUCACGUACAUUUAUGCCGAUAAUACAUGGCUUUGCUAGAGCUGGAGAUAUGAGAAGAGCCCUAGAGAUUUUUGAUAUGAUGAGGAUGAGUGGAUGCAUUCCAACUGUGCAUACAUUCAAUGCUCUAGUUCUUGGUCUUGUGGAGAAGCGGCAGAUGGAUAAGGCUGUUGAAAUAUUGGAUGAGAUGACACUUGCAGGCAUUAGUCCAAAUCAACACACAUACACAACUAUCAUGAAUGGUUAUGCAUCUUUAGGUGAUACUGGGAAAGCUUUCGAGUACUUUUCCAAGUUGAGGAAUGAUGGCCUAGAUAUUGAUGUUUUCACAUAUGAGGCAUUGCUGAAGGCAUGUUGCAAAGCAGGCAAAAUGCAAAGUGCUUUAGCUGUCACCGAGGAAAUGAGUACUCAAAAGAUUCCAAGGAACACCUUUGUGUACAACAUAUUAGUUGAUGGAUGGGCUCGAAGAGGUGAUGUUUGGGAGGCUGCUGACUUGAUGCAGCAAAUGAAACGGGAAGGGGUUCAACCUGAUAUACACUCCUACACGUCUUUCAUAAACGCUUGUUGCAAGGCUGGAGACAUGCAGAGAGCUGUGAAAACAAUUGAAGAAAUGAGAACUUUUGGAGUGAAGCCAAAUAUUAAAACGUAUACAACUUUGAUACAUGGUUGGGCGCGUGCGUCUCUACCAGAGAAGGCAUUGAGAUGCUUCAGAGAUAUGAAGUCGGCUGGAUUGAAACCAGACAAAGCUGUGUACCAUUGCUUGAUGACAUCUCUGUUGUCAAGGGCAACUGUUGCUGAAGCUUACAUUUAUUCCGCUCUGUCUAUCUGCAAGGAGAUGAUAGAAUCUGGUUUGACUGUGGAUAUGGGAACUGCAGUUCACUGGUCAAGGUGCUUAUGCAAAAUUGAAAGAACAGGUGGUGACCUUACAGAAGCCCUGCAGAAGACCUUCCCUCCUGAUUGGAACUCAUGUCAUACUUUGUAUGCGAGUUCUGAUGUAGACAGUGAUUAUGAAGUUGAUGUAAAUAGUGAUGGUGAUGAUGAUGAUGAUGACAGGGAGUUUGCUAGCAGAAUAGAUGACAUUAUGAUGACGGAUGAGGAUAGUCUGAGGCACGCAUAAUGGUCUGGAAUCAAGUUUUUGUUGUAAUUAAACAUUAAGUUAAGCAUCACCCAUAAUUCCUGGAUCCGGCUGUUGUAAAA